AUGCCCUGGCAGCCUCCUGCUGCUGAUGUCACGCCUGGUGAGAUUCGCAAGGAGAGAAGUCAGCGAGCGUCAAGGAUUUUCCAGAAUUUAAAACUCUUGCGUGACAUUCUUGACAAGCAUGAGGCUACGAUCCAGAAGCGUUGGAAGAAGAAAACGAAGGAGCAGAAACGUAAGGUCAUCACCGCCGCCUGGAAAGAUGAUGAUCUCCCGAAAAUGCAUCGGCCAGACUUUGAGGCUUUCCGCAGACAGGUGGAUAGCCAAGGCAAGGCUGGCAAGAUUCAGCGAGAAUCCUUCAUGUGGCCAUUCCUCAACCAGGAAGACUUGUUGAAGCCUCGUUCUCUUUUGCUUCUACUGAACUCCCGCGGACGCAAUUCACCGGCCGAGUUUGCAGCAGCUGAUAUAGAGGCUAUUCAUUUGGGCAUCGUCUCAUUCGCCAUCAAGCCUGCUUUCCUGAACGAACAUGUUAUGCUCUUCACCGGUAGGAACACGGCAGAGACUUAUGGUCAGCUGAUAAGCUGGGACGACCAUCCUGAUGCCUUCGACUGGCUUAUGACUAGAAAGCAUAUGCAGCCAGGUGAAGGGUUACUGAUCCUUGAAUCUCAAGACAAGACUAUGGAAUUUCUUGUCAAAUGUGCGAAGACCAUUUUGCAUGACGUUGAUGAGGAGGCGCUGCUCCACUCCGCACCGCAGCCUGAGCCUCCAGCCUCUGAACUCGAGACCGGUGAGACUAUCUCGUGGACUUUGUUAGCUGCCGAGGCACCCUACAGACUUCCCUCACGCCUGAGCUUUGCGCGCCUGGAGAGCCUUCUCAAAGCGAAGCGUGACGCAGUCGAAGAUCACCUGUGGUCGCUACGUGAAGAUCCUGCGUAUUUCUCCGGUGUUUUGAAAGACGCUUGGGAUCACACACAAGAUCACAUUAAAGACCGAUAUGGACAGCCUCAUCCCUUGUUUCGCUUUGGGCGGGAGGACUUACUAUGGGGCCGAGUAAUCACUAUCAUACACCUUGAGCACUGGACAGAGUUUCACAAACAGAUGUCGAGGCUGAAGGUCCUUCAGGAGAAGUAUGAGGCACAGAUCAAAACGGAUAGAGACCUGCCUGAAGAGUAUCUGAACGCGAUUCUGGGAUUCCGAUCUUUGCUGAAUCGAUUUAAACAAGGACCCCUCGGGCAACUCAAGUGUUCUCUCACAGCGUCGCCUGCUUGUCGCCAUCAUUUUGUCCGCGAGGCCCAUGACGACCCUCGAAGGAUGGAGAAUGUGAGCUCUCUGAAGAACCAACAUCUUCUAGACCCACUCGAGUUCGAAUUCUUUUGGCUCUUUCAAGUCCUGUGGGAAGAUAGCGACAAGCUAUACCAACUACGAUUCACGAAUGUUCUCGAUGAGCUGCAGCGCAAGAUCGAUUCCGAGCAACAAGUCAAAGACCUUAUUAGCCCGUUCGUGGCUGCUGGAAUAUCCGAUCUUGCCAUCAUUGCGGAAUGCAUGCGGCAGCUAGAAUCGUACCAACCCUGGGCCAACAUGUUCGAAGACCAAGCGGGAAGCGAAUCUGUCUUGGCUCGUUACGGCUCUCCUGCUGACAACAGGUUUCACUACCCUAUCUUCAAAAAGAGGACUCGCGAGAGCGUGGAGGCAGUGAGGCAAGCUGAACAGAACCUCGAUGCUUUCUGGCUCAAAGUCGAUGAAUUGCUCCACCGAAAUGCACGCGACCUCAAAGGCACAGUAAUUGGAGAUCUUCUGCGCCAACCUCGUGGUCUGCAGCGCACGCCAGAAUGGGUUGAGCCGAAUACCAGUGGCGCGGACAAGGACAAAAAGGUGGAGAUGCUGAUCAAGCCGUUGUCUGAAGUCUACUUCGACCUUGAGCAUAGGACGGAGCAGACAACCGACAAAAGCUCCGUGAGUCGCUCAUCCAAGACGAAGACGAAGACUCGUGGACAGCCGGCGCCCGUUUCUGUACCAGAUGCAACAUUGGUAGAGGUUGCUACGCCUCCAGACGCACAGCCAGUAUUCCGUGUCGACACUCGAGCUCUAAAAGUGUUUCACGCCCUCUUUUAUACUCCUUCAGCAACGUCCACUCCGGGUGAAGUGAAAUGGGAUGAUUUCUUGUGGGCAAUGACUUCCACAAAGUUCAAGCCUGAGAAGCUGUACGGCUCGGUGUGGCAGUUCACACCCGCUGGACUUGAUGUUGAGACACCGAUACAGUUUCACGAGCCUCAUGGAUCGAUGAGUGGAAAGAUCCCGUUCUACGUUGCUCGUAGGCAUGGACGGCGUCUCAAUCGGAAUUAUGGCUGGCAUGGUGGUAUGUUUGCGCUAGCUGAGAAGAAGACUGCGACCGGUGCGACGAGCUAG